UGUUUCCCGAAGCUAUAUCACUGAUACUAUUAUCUAUGUGGUUUCCUCUUUGCUACAGACUUUCUGAAAAUCUACUGUUGAUCAUCAUAACUCACUGGUGAUAUGACUGCAGACAUGAUAAUACAAAUAACUUUAUUUGUUAGUUCAAUAGUUUAUUGUGCAAAAUGUCAAGAAUCAAACCCAGGAGUGCCUAUCCAACCUGGAAAUUUACCAGUCAAUAAUUCAUUACGGGCAGUACAACAUCAAGUUGACAACACAAGGUUUAUGCGAAAACCAGAUUCAACCUCGUGGCCUGGAAACUACAAUGAGGGUAACAAUAACAGGCAUAUCUUCGCUGACUGGCUCUUGUAUGGAAACUGGAGUACUAAUCUGACGCCACCAUCAGAAACCAGGAAAGUUGAGUAUGAGGGGUACGAUGGUUGGUACAACAACUUAGCUAGACCUGAUUCUGGAGCCAUUGAUAAGCCACUUUUGAGAAGAUGGCCAGCUGCUUACAAGGAUGGAACUUACAUACCAUCAGGAUAUGACAGGCCUAAUCCACUGGAGCUGAGUGAAAAACUUCUGAGUGGCGAGAUAGGCCAAAAAUCUAAAAUUGGGAGAACUGCCUUGUUUCUCUUCUUUGGUCAACAAGUCGUUGAGGAAAUUUUGGAUGCUCAGCGGCCAGCGUGUCCUCCAGAAUAUGUCAAUAUUCCUGUGCCUGAAAACCACACUUACAGGGUGGACAAUCCUCAUCAUACAGAAAUGCCUUUUCUUAGAACAAGAUAUGAUAUGAAGAGUGGGUCCAGCCCUAAUAAUCCGAGACAGCAGUUGAACGAGAUAACGCCAUAUAUUGACGGUGGUCUUUUCUAUGGCAUUACCAAACAGUGGUCUGAUCAGCUCAGAACUUUCUCGAAUGGGUCAAUAGACGAGUGUGGUCGGCUAGCUUUUUCUCAUGAUGGUCUUUUCCCGGAAUAUAACACUGCCAGGAUUCCUAUGGCUAAUCCACCACCUCCUUUCUAUCAUUCACAUUAUGUCAACGUUCAUGAAACUGCGAAAGUCGACAGGUUUUUCAAAUUGGGAAAUCCCAGAGGGAAUGAGAACGCAUUCCUCCUGACCUUUGGAGUUAUGUGGUUCCGUUACCACAACUACAUAGCGACCAGAUUGUGUCAUCACCAUAGAACAAACAACAAAGAUACAGAUUGGUCGAGCGAAAAAAUCUACAAUGAAGCGAGAAAAUGGGUGAUAGCUACGCAACAGCGAGUAGUGGUGAAAGAAUGGCUGCCCAUUUUGUUGCAAGAAACCCUGCCACCAUACAAGAAAUAUGACGCUAGUAUUGAUCCGCAGAUAGAUCAAUUCUUUCAGUCAGCAGCUUUCAGGUUUGGACACACCCUGGUAGUUCCUGGUGUUUACCUGCGGAGCUAUUUGAGAGACAGCUGCAAGACAAAGUUCAACUCCUGGAAAAACUUCGCAGUACGAACUUGCAAUAUCUUCUGGAGGCCACAAGAACCGAUGUUGAAUAAAACUGACGACAACAAUUCUUUGUUGGACAUAGACAGACUUUUGAUGGGUAUGUCAGUACAGUUGACUGAAAGAGAGGAUCACGUGAUUGUUGAAGACCUAAGGGGAAACGUUUUUGGGCCUUUGGAGUUUCCAAGGAGAGAUUUGAUGGCAGUGAAUAUUCAGAGAGGGAGAGAUCACGGGUUGCCAGAUUUCAAUUCUGCAAGGAGAGCGUUUGGGUUGAAACCUUAUGAAAAUUUUGCGAAUUUCAGUUAUAUAACAGAAGCUACUAGAACAGAACUAGAACGACUCUAUAAAUCCAUUGACAAAAUUGACGUAUGGAUUGGAGGCAUUCUUGAAACUUUUGAUGGCCCAGGAGAACUGUUUAAAACUAUAAUAAAGGAUCAGUUCACAAGAAUACGGGAUGGAGAUCGCUUUUGGUUUGAAAAUAAAGAAAAUGGGUUGUUUACAAAUGAUGAAAUAAAAAGAAUCAAUGAGGUAAAGAUCUAUGAUAUAAUAAUGGCCGUAACUAAAAUGGAUGCCGACGAUAUUCCGAAAAAUCCAUUCAAGGCCCCACUUCUUGAUAGUGAUAGGCAAUUGAUACAGGUUUGCAAGCUAACCAACACUUCUCAAUACUAUCACUUAGAACAACUGAAUCACACCCUAUUGGCGGAAAAUUGUACUAGACCUGGGUCCUAUGAUUAUUUCAGAAACAGCGAGUUGUCCUAUGUUCUGACUUUUAUUUUCCUGGGAACUUGUAUUGUAGGUACUAUUGGAGCUAUGUUACUUAUGAUAAAAUUGAAGGAAUCCGAAUCAAUUACUAAAACCAGAAGAACAAAUGAGACGAAAAGGAGAACACUACGAGAAAGUGACAUGAAAUGGCCACUUUUCAUAGCCACUGAGUGGGUAGGACCUAAACAGGCCACAAGAAAAGUAGUUAUAGCCUUCAAAUCGGACAUGAAACAACUGAGUGUAUCUUGUUUUGAUGACACCUUACUGAGAGCACUCGAUUUUUCCGGAAAUAAAAUAACGCAUAUGAAGAUUUAUUACAUCACAGACCAGUUGACUGUAAUUUUGCAUUCGCGCAACAACUAUGAUUUGGUGUUGCAAUUUGAAUCAGACUUCUUAAGGAAUAAUUUUUUGACCGAAUUAGAUGCUAGAUUUGUCAAAACAGGAAUAGUCCAAAUACAAAACAUCUCAUUGAAUUGGAAUGCAGCUAUGAAAGUAGUUAUCACCAGUGAUGACCGCCAAAAGACACUGGAAAUGUUCUUCAGAGUAGUCUUUGCACAAGCUUUCAAAAUCAGCCAUUCCCACACAGAGAUGCUGACGGUUGAUGCUUAUGUAGCCAAAAAAGUUGUCGAUACAGAACUCACAAUUACCGAGUUUGCUGAUGCUCUGAGUAUGACAGCAAAAAAUGAAUUCGUGAAACGAAUGUUCAUGUUAAUUGACAAAGACAAAAACGGAUUUAUAUCAUUCAGGGAAUUUGCUGAUUUACUAGUAAUUUUUGCUGAUGGCACCGAAGAAGAAAAAGCCAAAUUACUCUUCGAUAUGUACGAUAUAGAUGGGGUUGGAUAUCUGAAACAGGAAGAUUUUCACGUCAUGAUCAAGUCAUUUUUGGAAACUGUCGGUGGUAAUAUAGAUGACAAAGAUAUAUAUGCGACUAUAACUCUGAUGUUGAGAAGUGCAGGCAUUGAACACAAGAAAAACAAUUUGACAUUCGAAGAUUUCAAAAGUAUGAUUGGGGAUGAUAUCAAGAAUCUUAAUACGGCCAGACUCGGUAUCAAGGGAUUCGAACAACAAGGAAAAUCGAGGGAAUCGUAUCUGGAUCAUGCAAGAGACACAAUCGAAAAUAUUUAUGAGAGCAAACAAGAAAUCGAAGCACGUUUCAAUCAGGGUACAAAAAUUAUUGAUGCACACCAAGAAGAAGUUCUGAAAAUUCAGUCUAGAGCAGUUCACAGACAGAAUGCUGUUAUCAGGUUUAUAGAGAUAAAUUCAAAGGAAAUAUUUUGGUUCUCUCUAUAUACUUUGGUUUUGUUCGCGAUUUUUCUGGAGAGAGCUUACUAUUAUUCCGUUGAGAGAGAACAUGGGGGUUUGAGGCAGAUAGCUGGCUAUGGGGUUACGGUGACAAGAGGGGCUGCGUCAGCGAUGAUGUUUACUUAUUCAUCUCUACUUGUAACGAUGUGUAGAAACACAAUAACCUUUUUGAGAGAUACCGUACUGAACAACUAUUUCCCGUUUGAUGCGUCUGUGGAGUUUCACAAAUAUAUUGCAUGCUGGGCAGGAAUAUUCACAGUGUUGCAUAUCGUUGGACAUGCCUUCAAUUUCUAUCAUAUAUCAACACAAACAUCAGAUGACUUGACAUGCUUAUUCAGGAAUUACUUUCACCCGACUCAUGAGAUUCCCAAGUUCCACUAUUGGUGUUGGCAAACAUUGACUGGGUUCACAGGAGUUGUUCUAACAGUAAUUUUUGUAAUAAUGUACAUAUUCGCAUUACCUAUGAUCAGACGAAAAAUUUACAACUGGUUUUGGUAUACGCAUAGCCUCUACCCUCUGUUCUUCAUUUUUUUCAUAUUACAUGGAACAGGAAGACUCAUUCAGCCACCAUUCACUUACUAUUUUUUUCUUGGACCUGUGAUACUAUUUACGUUUGACAAUCUUGUUAGCACCAGCAGAAAGAAAAUAGAAAUUCCUGUAAUUCAGGCUGAAGUUUUGCCAUCAAAUGUGACGAUGCUGGCAUUCCGAAAACCAGAAAAUUUUCAGUACAAAUCUGGCCAAUGGGUCAGACUGGCUUGUAUGGAACUGAAUAAACAUGAGUUCCAUCCUUUCACAUUAUCUUCUGCUCCUAAUGAAGACAAUCUAACGGUUCAUAUUAGAGCAGUCGGCCCAUGGACCAACCUCAUCAGAAGUUUGUAUAAUAGCAAUUUGAGAGGCAAUUCGAAAUGGCCAAAACUAUAUUUGGAUGGCCCGUAUGGAGAAGGUCAUCAAGAUUGGAAUACAUACGAUGUUGCGAUUUUAAUAGGCGGAGGAAUUGGGGUGACCCCAUUCGCAAGUAUUCUGAAAGAUAUAUCUUAUAAAGCGAAUAAAAUAAGGACACACUGCCAAAAGGUGUAUUUCAUAUGGGUGUCUAGAACUCAAAAACAAUUUGAAUGGCUGAUCGACAUUAUAAGGGAUGUGGAAAAUAAAGAUGAAAAGCAAUUUGUGAGCUGUCAUAUCUUCAUCACACAAUUUUACGAGAAAUUCGAUCUUAGGACAAUCCUAUUAUACAUUUGUGAAAGGCACUACCAAAGGGUAUCACAUAAGUCGUUGUUCACAAAUCUUAGAGCCGUUACCCAUUUUGGUAGACCAGCUUUCGCGCAGUUUUUCAAAACUGUACAAGUCAUUCACCAAUCGUCCAAGAGAAUUGGUGUUUUCAGCUGUGGACCACCAUCAAUGACAUCAGGAGUGGAUACCGCGUGUAGUAAGAUAAAUAAGCAAAGUGAACAAAAAUUCGAACACCAUUUCAAAAAUUUUUAAUAUACUUUUUAUGUACUUAUGUGCUUUAUAAAUACCUCAGGACUAUAGACGAUAGUAAAAGGGCAAUGUUCACCUUCAAUGGUAUUGCUCUGCCACAGUCUAUGAUUUCAUGUUCCUGAAAAAAAUUAAUGAAUAAAGUUUUCAACUACAACAUUUAGUUCUAUUACCAAUGGAUGUUCAUUAUAACAACCCUUGAGUCUACGCCUUUCCAGAUUAUUCAGAUUUCUUUUUUGACAAGGUAGUAAUGUUGUAUUGAUAGUAUCACUUUCGUAUCUUGCUUGAACAGUUAUUGCUACAGGAUUUGUCGAUAUCACCACAUUCUCAUAUUUGAUUUUGGUAUUGUUGAUUGCAACCAAGAUCAAAUUAGUGUUUCGUAUUCGCUUGACAUAAUA